GAGAGAGGGGCUCUGAGCCAACCGCCGGCGGAUCCAGCAGCUCCUCAGGGAGGGCGGGCGGGAGCGCGGGGGCGGGCGCGCAGCGGCUCGCUCGGGAGAAGUGGCCGCCGAUGACGGCAGAGGUGCAGCCAGCCCCGCGCGCGCAGCCCCCUCCCCCUCGCCCUCUUCCCCCCCCUCGUCCUCUUCCUCCUCCUCCUCCUCCUCCUCCCGGCUCGUCCGCGGCGCAGAGCAGCGGCGGCAGCGGCGGCGGCGGCAGCAGCCACCCGAUGUCUUCGGCGCCCGAGAAGCAGCAGCCACCGCACGGCGGCGGCGGCGGCGGCGGGGGAGGCGGCGCGGCCAUGGACCCCGCGUCGUCCGGCCCGUCCAAGGCCAAGAAGACCAACGCCGGCAUCCGGCGCCCUGAGAAGCCGCCCUACUCCUACAUUGCGCUCAUCGUCAUGGCCAUCCAGAGCUCGCCCACCAAGCGCCUGACGCUCAGCGAGAUCUACCAGUUCCUGCAGAGCCGCUUUCCCUUCUUCCGCGGCUCCUACCAGGGCUGGAAGAACUCCGUGCGCCACAACCUCUCGCUCAACGAGUGCUUCAUCAAGCUACCCAAGGGCCUCGGGCGGCCCGGCAAGGGCCACUACUGGACCAUCGACCCGGCCAGCGAGUUCAUGUUCGAGGAGGGCUCCUUUCGGCGGCGGCCGCGCGGCUUCCGAAGGAAAUGCCAGGCGCUCAAGCCUAUGUACAGCAUGAUGAACGGGCUCGGCUUUAACCACCUCCCGGACACCUACGGCUUCCAGGGCUCGGCCGGCGGCCUCUCGUGCCCGCCCAACAGCCUGGCGCUGGAGGGCGGCCUUGGCAUGAUGAACGGCCACUUGCCGGGCAACGUGGACGGCAUGGCCCUGCCCAGCCACUCGGUGCCCCACCUGCCCUCCAACGGCGGCCACUCGUACAUGGGCAGCUGCGGCGGCACGGCGGCCGGCGAGUACCCGCACCACGACAGCUCUGUGCCCGCCUCCCCGCUGCUGCCCACCGGCGCCGGCGGGGUCAUGGAGCCGCACGCCGUCUAUUCGGGCUCGGCGGCAGCCUGGCCGCCCUCGGCCUCCGCGGCACUCAACAGCGGCGCCUCUUACAUCAAGCAGCAGCCCCUGUCCCCCUGUAACCCCGCGGCCAACCCCCUGUCCGGCAGCCUCUCCACGCACUCCCUGGAGCAGCCCUAUCUGCACCAGAACAGCCACAACGCCCCAGCCGAGCUGCAAGGCAUCCCGCGGUAUCACUCGCAGUCGCCCAGCAUGUGUGAUCGAAAGGAGUUUGUCUUCUCUUUCAACGCCAUGGCGUCCUCUUCCAUGCACUCGGCCGGCGGGGGUUCCUACUAUCACCAGCAGGUCACCUACCAAGACAUCAAGCCUUGCGUGAUGUGAGGCUGCCGCCGCCGGCCCUCCUAGUGCAGGCAGGCGGGUCACAGGGACCCUGGACCGGCACAAGAAACUGCUUUAUUCUUGAGGUAUAACCGUCGGCAGAAGAAAAGGGUUCCACCCCUCCGCAACAGGAGUAUUUGGCAAGGAAUCCCCAACGCAAAGACACAGCACUGCGGUUGGCACCUCCUUCCUCACUCCCUCAAAAUUGUUAAGAAAUGGUAGUGGUGGGUCUGAUCUGACUGCAGCCGUUGGUAAAUAAAGGUUUUUGAUCCUGUUGAACCCGGCUGAGACGGUGCUGUGCAGGGGAAGGCCUUCCGCAUCCACACAGGAGUUCUGCUGAGGUCCCCCCUCCUUCCGGCCAAUGGCAGAAGGGGAGGAAGAUUUUUAGAAGAAAGGCAAACAUGUGAGACCAAUCAUUAUCAAAUACUUUUAUUUUUUGGUUGAGUAUUUAUCUUUUUAUUUUUUAUUUUUUUUGAAAGAAUGUCUUGGAAUACGCAAGUCUCCCUUUAGAGCUGUCUUUUCCGGGGAGCGGGAGGGGACAAGAGCUCGGAUCUCCCUCCGGAUCUCCCUCCCCACCUCGGAAGUCUCCUCCUUGGACUGCAGGUGGAUCUUUGUGCGAACAACUUGCAUUUCGGAAGCCACUGUCCGUCUUUAAACAGAAAAUUGAAGGAGCCACGAAGCAAGCGGCCGUCCGGGCGUCUGCCUCCGUCCCCUUCCACGUUCCUCUUCUUCCUUCGCUUCAGCCUUUUCUGUUAUGUUUUGUCUUGAAUUUUAUUUAGACUUUUUCAGUGAGUAUUUUUUCUCUCUCCCAACCUCUACUGUAAACUUUCUGGUCCGAGAACGAGCCGAACACAGCGCGACGCAGGGACUAGGACGGCCCGGUGACCGCGCGGAUUCAGGAUUGCGGGGACGCAGAAAGGUUAAGGCACUUUUAAAAACUAUAGCAAGGCUCCUGUUUAUUUAUUCUACUUUCUUUCCCUAAUAACCAAAACACCGCGUAGGCUCCUCCGUUUAUCAGUAUUAAUGGUGUAACUUGUUGGCAAUAUUUGCCGUGUAGAAUUUUUUUUUAGAUAUCCAUUGUAAAUUUGAAACAAAGACCGAUCUGUGUAAAAACAAAUUUCCAUAUGUUUUAUAUAAAUAUAUAUAUAAUAUGAAGGACUACCCUCCCUCUUUUUUUUUUUUGUAUUUUGGCUGCUAGAGUGCAGCAUUUGUGACACAUUUGAAAUUUGAAAUUUCCUUCUGCACUGUAGAAAAGGACCAUUUGAGGAUGUUUUGCCUUUUGUGUAUUUUUUCCUAAAAAAAGAACAAAAAUAAAAAUGUAUAACAUUUGUACAUGGCCUUUAACAUUGUAUCAACUAGAAAUAAAAUUGCAUGAGUAUUUUA